GGGCGCGUGGGGCUGAGCGGCCGUUGCGCUCCUCGCGGCGGGGGCGGUUGGAACCCGGAGCCAGUCGGGAGCCGCGGGCAGCCGGCAGGACGCGACCCGGCCGCUCCGCACCAUGCCAGCCCGCCGCCGGCACACGCGGAGCCGAGGCCCGGCGAAGGAGCCGUCCGCGGCACGAACGCCGCCCGCCCGGGAAGCGGAGGGGCCGUCCGAGGCCUCGGGGGCCGCUUCGCCCUUCGCCGAGGGCCGCGGCACGCAGACGGGCGGUCGCCUUCGGCGCGGGGAGAGCCGGCGCGGAGCCGACGACCGCUCGGCCUUCGGCGUGCCCGGCAAACGCCGCAGGAGGGCGGAGAGCGCCCGGCGAGGAGAGGACGCGCCUUCCGCGCACGGCGAGCUCCUCCUCCGCCGUCCCGCCGACUCCAGCGGCGAUGCCCGCCCGCGCCUCCGCGGCCGAGGAAGAGCCGGGCCGAAGAGGAGAGCCCCGGCCGACGCCGCCCGUCCGCCGCCACGAGCGGCCGCUGCCGCCCUGCCGGCCCCCGCUGCAGCAGCACGCGGCGACACGUGGCGGCUCCUGGCGCCCUGCCCGCUGCCGCCACCCACCGCCCGCAUCGCGCCCGUCCGCACGGUGUUCUCACCGUGCCACCUGCGGCCUCUCACGGCGCCCAACCUCGCGCCGUGCCCACCGCCGCUGCGGGCUCCCUGGGCCGCCCUGCCUGCCCUUGCCACCCCUGGCUGGCAGUGCCCGUGCUGCUGGGGCCGGUGGUGGCUGCAGCCCCUCUGGCCGUGCUGCAGCCCCUGGCUUCCUUGGCUGCAGCCCCUCCUCUGGCCGUGCUGCAGCCCCCGGCUCCCUUCGCAACCCCUCCUCUGGCCGUGCUGCAGCCCCCGGCUUCCUUCGCAGCCGCCAGCAGCCCCCAGCAGCCCCGCCUACCAGCAGGGAGAUCACGGGCUGGCAGCCCAGAGCGGGCAGUGUGAGGGACGGGAGGAGAGCAGCCCCGGGGGGGAUCAGGGGCCGGUAGAUGUAGAUGAGGAAUGUGAGGAGAUAGAGAUAGUUGUUGUAUAGAUAGAUAGUGGGUAGCAUGAUAGUUGAUAGCGACGUAGAUAGUUGAUAGCGACGUAGAUAGUUAGUGGGUAGCAUAAUAGUUGGUAGCGACGUAGAUAGUGAGAUAGAUAGCUGAUGGUUGUAUACAGGUAGUGAACAGAUAGCAGAUAGCUAGGGGUUAUUGGUAGAGAGUUAGUUUAUGGAUAGCAAAGUAGUUAGCAGCAAGCAACAGUUAGUAGUGAUGUAGUUAGAUCAUAGCCAGAUAGCUGAUAGGGGGAUGCAGGAUAGAAUGACGGGUGACUGGGAGACAGUUAGUUUAUAGAGUAUGAUAUAGAACGUUACUAAAAAGAAUCUCUGUUUCAGAUUGAACCUCUGCAUACUGGGACACCACUCUCCCCUCCAGUACGAUGAAGACCAACGCCUGAUGCUGCUCCAUCACCAGCAGAAGAACAGCAGCUCUGCAGAGGACCCGUCCUGCCAGCAGAGCAUCACGGAGAAGAAGACGCGCCUUCUGCUCACAGGAAGAGGAGUCCUUGCAGUUCACUUGACCCCCUCCUCCAGGAGGAAAGCAGGAUCAGCGCCGGUGCUGCCCCAGCGCCGGCAGAAGAACAGCGGCUCUUGGAAGCGUGACCUGCUGGGAGAUCGUCGGGGAGAAGAGGACGCGCCUUCUGCGCCGAGGGAGCCUUCUCCUGUCAUCCGACCUUCAAGGAGACGAUGCUCAGCUGCUCCGGAACAGCCACGGAGGAAACGGACGGAAGAGGAGAGCCCAGAUGACUGCGCCCGUGUGAACUGCCAUGCAGAGACUGAAUGCAGAGACUGAGCCAGCGAACAGCGGAGUAGAUAGCAUAGAGAGUUAGUUAACACUAAAAUGUAUUAGUAUAGCAUAGUGCAGUUGUCAAAUAGCUUUGUAAAUAAAUUCACUUUGUUCGUAUCCUUAUCUUGUGUUGUGUAAAAUGAUGGGGAUGGGUAGUCUGAUACUUCAGGAAAUAAAUGAUUUGGAAACGUA